AUGAGGAUCCGAAGUGGCGGUCAUGAUCAUGAGGGCCUUUCAUAUUUGUCCGAAGUCCCAUUCGUCAUGCUUGACAUGAUGAAUCUUCGUUCGGUUGCCGUGGAUGUGGAGGAUGAAACAGCGUGGGUCCAAUCCGGCGCAACGGUGGGCGAGCUUUACUAUAGGAUUGCUGAGAAGAGCAAAACCCUAGGCUUCCCAGCCGGCAUCUGCCCCACGGUCGGCGUCGGCGGGCACUUCAGCGGCGGAGGCUACGGCACGUUGCUGCGCAAAUAUGGCCUUGCUGCCGAUAAUGUAAUCGACGCGCAGUUGGUCGACGCCCAAGGUCGGGUCCUGGAUAGAGAAUCAAUGGGGGAAGAUCUCUUUUGGGCCAUCCGAGGCGGAGGAGGCGGCAGCUUCGGCGUGGUAGUGUCCCGGAAAGUCAAGCUGGUCCCGGUGCCGUCAACCGUGACCGUGUUCACACUCCCGAGAGGACUUUGGAGCAACACGCGACGAAGCUCGUGCACCGAGUGGCAACUUCUCGGGAACAAGCUCCCCAACGACCUAUUCAUGCGGGUGACGAAGAGCAGCUUCCCCGAGCUCAACGUCACGAGACAGGACUGCACCGAGAUGAGCUGGAUCGAGUCGAUCCUCUACUUCGCGGGGUUUCCGAUCGAAGGGCCCUUGGAAGUCUUGCUCAACAGGAGCUCCAACACCAAAUUAUACUUUAAGGACAAAUCGGAUUACGUGAAGGAGCCAAUCCCAGAGAGUGGCUUAGAGGGGAUGUGGGAGAGGUUCUUUGAGGAAGAUGAAGGCGUGGCUCAAAUGAUUUGGACCCACUAUGGCGGGAAAAUGAGCGAGAUUUCCGAAUCUGCCCUUCCCUUCCCUCACAGAGCUGGGGUUUUGUACAAGAUCCAGUACUUUACGUCAUGGACCGAUGGAGGCAACGAGGUUGCUUCAAAGCACGUGAGUUGGAUACGAAGCUUCUAUAGUUAUAUGGCGCAGUAUGUGUCGAAAUCGCCUCGAGAGGCCUAUAUCAACUACAGGGAUCUCGACAUAGGAACGAACAACGUCAAAGGCAACACGAGUUAUACGCAAGCAAGCGCUUGGGGAAAGAAGUACUUCAAGAACAAUUUCGACAGGUUGGUGCAUGUGAAGACCGCGGUUGAUCCGCGCAACUUUUUCCGACACGAGCAAAGUAUUCCUCCGUUUUCAUUUUAA